GUCGUGUUAUUUGCGAGAAGGCAUGCACAUGAAAAAUACACGACGCACAGACAAACACAACUUCAAGGAAACCUUUUCAACUGGUUUACUGCUCUACUUCAGUGGUUUUGAUAUUAUUAGUAACAUAACAGCAAAUAGUAGUUCAUCAUCAUCAUCAUCAUCAUCACCACCACCACAAUCAACAUCAUCAUCAUCAUCGUUUUUAUCAUCUUCACUUGUUUAUUUGAACUUUCCGCGCAAGGCCUGCAUCAAGUGUCCCUAUUGAGAACCUUAAUGAAACUGAAAAAUCUUUUCCGCUUUCUAUGGCGAAGAAUUCGGAGGACAUAUUUUUGUCUAUUUGUAAUUGCAUUUGUAUUAUAUUGCGUUCUUCUGGCUUAUUCCAAAUUCUUUCCCACGUGGUAUUCUCAAAACAUUCUUUAUCAAAAUGUAUCACCUGACCAUAAUCAGGAAGAACUACGGAUUUACCAUCGACCGAAGAAUUUCUCCCAACCCGGUGUUGUCGACGACAUUAUUGGAAUGAAAGCGAUACCAUUUUCGAAUCGCUUCAAGAACCCUUGUUGGUAUGAAAAGCCGGACGGAAAAACCUUAACUUUGCGCUGUUUACCAUAUUUUUAUCUGGUUGGAGUUGACAAAUGUGGUACAACUGAUCUUUUUUCUCGACUAUUACAACAUCAAGAAUUACUCCAAACAAGUGCAUUGAAUGGAAAAGAAACUCACUGGUGGUCGUGGAGACGAUUCGGGUAUGACGUAUUUACACGAAACGGCAGACUACAGUCAUUUGAAGAUUAUCUGAAUGUAUUUGAUAUUGCUGCCAAACGUCUGAAUGACUCUUCUGGAAAUUUAAGAUCCCAUAUAAUAUGUGACGGUAGUCCUACAGUUUUCUGGGAUUUCACUGGAUGGCCGUUUAUCCCGCAAAAUAAAGGUCUUGAGCAACCUAAAGUCUUGACACCUCAUUGUAUUUCACACCUGACACCAAACGUUAAAUUUAUUUUGUUGUUGAGAAAUCCAAUUGAAAGAUUAUUCUCAGAUUACUUGUUUAUAAAAAGGAAAAAUGUGUCAGUAGAAGAUUUCGAUAAAGAAGUUAAGAAUUCUUGGAAUGAGCUUCAGAAAUGCACGGAAACGCUUGAUAUCCGACUUUGCUUAUUUGAUAAAUCUCUGCAUAUGAAGACAAUGGUACGUUUACUAAUAGGAAUGUAUUCAUAUUAUUUGAGCGAAUGGUUCAAGGUUUUCCCACGGCAACAAUUUUUGAUAAUCCGCACUGAAGAUUACAAAGCUGAUAUGAGCGGAACGUUAAAGAAAGUGUUUGAAUUCUUACAGAUGGAUCCUCUUGAAGAGAAAACGAGGAAGCAAAUCGCAUCUGGAGAUCAUGUUUUUGAAAGAACUGAGGCUCACAAAAAAUUAGGACCGAUGUUAUUAUCAACAAAGAAAUUUUUGUAUGAAAUUUAUAGAUAUUCCAUGGAAGAACUUUCUCUGAUGCUCAACGACAAGCGAUUUCUAUGGGAUGAUCUAUAACAGAUUAUAUUUUUUUGAUUGAUGUCAGUGGAUUAGCUUGGCAGAAACGUUUAGGUCUGGCAGUAUUUAGUGACAUUUUGUUUGUGUUCCGAGUUCAAAUCGCAUUGAGGUCAACUGUGUCUUUAAUCCUUUCGAGAUUAAUAAAAUAAAGUAUCAGUUAGAUGCUGGGGUCAAUGUCAUCGGCUUGGCCUCUCCCCUCAAAAUUUCUGGCUUUGUGCCAAAAUUAGUAAGAAUAUUAUUAUUGUUUUUUUUUGUUUUUUUUACUGUGCCAAGAUGUCCCUUUUUACAGUUUAACAAUGGAUUAACCAAUGUAGAGGGAUUUUUUUUUCCAAACUAUUUGAUUUGUUUUUUUUUACUGCUUUAAUUCAUUUGUAUUUAACUCAAGAAAGGUGAGAGCUGAGGAGUUUGCUUUGAUUUUCAGACCUGCUAAGCUCGCGUGAAAGAAAGACAUUUUAAAAUGCUUCUUGUAUUAAGCUGACUGACAAAUAUCGGGGUGUUUUCCUUACUGACACAAAAUAAUAAUAAAAAAUGAGAAAAAGCAUGUGAACCAAGACAUUCUCAAAGAAAAUUUCUUGGUUGAAAAAGUAUUUCCAGUCAUUUUAGUCUAAAUGUUGGUCAAAUUAGGGAAAUUAAAAUUCCCUUAACAUCAAUAACAACAGCAGCCAUAAAAAUGCAUAUCUACAAUUGUGUCUGGCAAAUUAAAGGAAACAGCAAGCAAGCUAAAGAGGCAAAGAUAUCUACCUGGUAAAGUUUUGUAGUGAAAACACAUAUCUACCAGACAUUGUUGUUCUUGAAAGAGGAAAAGAAAAUUCCUCUGAAAAAGUGUUUCUAGUGAAUUUAUUGGAAAUUUUCCAUUACUAAAAAAAUUAAACCAGAUAAGUUUCAAUGGUACACAAACAAUAUCAUAUAACCAGAGUAUUUUACUGUUGAUCUUUACAAAAGGUAUUGGUUUUAUUUAUUUUUAUAUCUAGCUUCAUAUUGAUUAUUACUUUGAGAGAAAAUGAAAACAGUGAUCUGUUUAGCAAAAUCAACCAUUCCAGCUUCUUUAUAUGUUGACCCAUUAGCAUUCAGAUUAUUCUGACAAAAAUGAAAUGCUUAUUUAUUUACACUGUUUUGAAUUAAUCAUACAUUCUCAUAUAGCUUCGACAUUUUGAAUAUGUGAUUGUAUAUUUUUAACAUGACAUUGUAGGGUAGGUGUGAUAGGCUGAAUAUGGCCAGUCUGCACAUAGAAAAGGUAGAAUAUUUUGGCUGGAUAUGACUGGUUUAAAUGCUAAAUGGUUAAACAUCCUCUAUUUCAGUAAACAUUAUAUGCAACUGAUACAAUCUCAGAUCAAGAUGCCAUACUUACCAAAUAGUCAAGCAUUUUUUCAUGAAAACUCAGUAAGAAUCUUGUGUUUAAACAUUGUUCUUCUGUAUAAUAUCCUUGGCUGGCUUCUAUGUUGGUGGCUCCUCCACUUGUAUUAUUUGAUACUGAAAUAAAAUAUUACCACAUUAAUUGUUCCAUCCAAAUAAAAAAAAUUCAAGAUCUUAAUUUUGCAUUUGGAAACCUUUUAUUACAAUUUGUUCCGUUUAACAUCUCUUAGUUUUUUGAUUAAUUAAACAGGAUUGUCCUGAAAAUGUAAAAGAACAAAAAAAAGUGGCACUUUGAGCAAGUGUUUUUCUUCUACUAUAACCCCGAGUCAA